CAUGUUCAUAUCAAGGAACAGUCCCUGAGGUAUACUUGAGCAGCACCAACAUGGUGCUGACAGGUAUUGUGGUCUUUCUAGGUGUCCCUGAGGAGGAAAGACGGCGGCCCCAUCCUGUCCUGAGUCACCAGGCUGUUGCGGAGGUGGCCGUAGGAGCACGAGAAGAAGGUGUCGCUAAGGUGAAAAAGCGGCGGCCCCUUCCUGAAAGCAGGCAGCAGGCUGGUGCUGAGGUGGCCGUAGGAGCACAGGACAAAGGUGUCCCUGAGGAGGAAAGACGGCGGCCCCAUCCUGUCCUGAGUCACCAGGCUGUUGCUGAGGUGGCCGUAGGAGCACGAGAAGAAGGUGUCGCUAAGGUGAAAAAGCGGCGGCCCCUUCCUGAAAGCAGGCAGCAGGCUGGUGCUGAGGUGGCCGUAGGAGCACAGGACAAAGGUGUCCCUGAGGAGGAAAGACGGCGGCCCCAUCCUGUCCUGAGUCACCAGGCUGUUGCUGAGGUGGCCGUAGGAGCACGAGAAGAAGGUGUCGCUAAGGUGAAAAAGCGGCGGCCCCUUCCUGAAAGCAGGCAGCAGGCUGGUGCUGAGGUGGCCGUAGGAGCACAGGACAAAGGUGUCCCUGAGGAGGAAAGACGGCGGCCCCAUCCUGUCCUGAGUCACCAGGCUGUUGCUGAGGUGGCCGUAGGAGCACGAGAAGAAGGUGUCGCUAAGGUGAAAAAGCGGCGGCCCCUUCCUGAAAGCAGGCAGCAGGCUGGUGCUGAGGUGGCCGUAGGAGCACAGGACAAAGGUGUCCCUGAGGAGGAAAGACGGCGGCCCCAUCCUGUCCUGAGUCACCAGGCUGUUGCUGAGGUGGCCGUAGGAGCACGAGAAGAAGGUGUCGCUAAGGUGAAAAAGCGGCGGCCCCUUCCUGAAAGCAGGCAGCAGGCUGGUGCUGAGGUGGCCGUAGGAGCACAGGACAAAGGUGUCCCUGAGGAGGAAAGACGGCGGCCCCAUCCUGUCCUGAGUCACCAGGCUGUUGCUGAGGUGGCCGUAGGAGCACGAGAAGAAGGUGUCGCUAAGGUGAAAAAGCGGCGGCCCCUUCCUGAAAGCAGGCAGCAGGCUGGUGCUGAGGUGGCCGUAGGAGCACAGGACAAAGGUGUCCCUGAGGAGGAAAGACGGCGGCCCCAUCCUGUCCUGAGUCACCAGGCUGUUGCUGAGGUGGCCGUAGGAGCACGAGAAGAAGGUGUCGCUAAGGUGAAAAAGCGGCGGCCCCUUCCUGAAAGCAGGCAGCAGGCUGGUGCUGAGGUGGCCGUAGGAGCACAGGACAAAGGUGUCCCUGAGGAGGAAAGACGGCGGCCCCAUCCUGUCCUGAGUCACCAGGCUGUUGCUGAGGUGGCCGUAGGAGCACGAGAAGAAGGUGUCGCUAAGGUGAAAAAGCGGCGGCCCCUUCCUGAAAGCAGGCAGCAGGCUGGUGCUGAGGUGGCCGUAGGAGCACAGGACAAAGGUGUCCCUGAGGAGGAAAGACGGCGGCCCCAUCCUGUCCUGAGUCACCAGGCUGUUGCUGAGGUGGCCGUAGGAGCACGAGAAGAAGGUGUCGCUAAGGUGAAAAAGCGGCGGCCCCUUCCUGAAAGCAGGCAGCAGGCUGGUGCUGAGGUGGCCGUAGGAGCACAGGACAAAGGUGUCCCUGAGGAGGAAAGACGGCGGCCCCAUCCUGUCCUGAGUCACCAGGCUGUUGCUGAGGUGGCCGUAGGAGCACGAGAAGAAGGUGUCGCUAAGGUGAAAAAGCGGCGGCCCCUUCCUGAAAGCAGGCAGCAGGCUGGUGCUGAGGUGGCCGUAGGAGCACAGGACAAAGGUGUCCCUGAGGAGGAAAGACGGCGGCCCCAUCCUGUCCUGAGUCACCAGGCUGUUGCUGAGGUGGCCGUAGGAGCACGAGAAGAAGGUGUCGCUAAGGUGAAAAAGCGGCGGCCCCUUCCUGAAAGCAGGCAGCAGGCUGGUGCUGAGGUGGCCGUAGGAGCACAGGACAAAGGUGUCCCUGAGGAGGAAAGACGGCGGCCCCAUCCUGUCCUGAGUCACCAGGCUGUUGCUGAGGUGGCCGUAGGAGCACGAGAAGAAGGUGUCGCUAAGGUGAAAAAGCGGCGGCCCCUUCCUGAAAGCAGGCAGCAGGCUGGUGCUGAGGUGGCCGUAGGAGCACAGGACAAAGGUGUCCCUGAGGAGGAAAGACGGCGGCCCCAUCCUGUCCUGAGUCACCAGGCUGUUGCGGAGGUGGCCGUAGGAGCACGAGAAGAAGAUGUCCCUAAGGUGGAAAAGCUGAGGGCCCUUCGUCAAAUGAGGCAGCAGGCUUUUGCUGAGGUCCUGGCAAGAGCAAUGGAAUGUGAAGUCCCUAAGGAGGAAACGCUGCAGGAACUUCCUGAAAGGAGACAGCAGGCUGUUGCUGAGGUUGCUGCAGGAGUACGGGAGAAAGAUGUCCCUAAGGAAGAAAAGCUGCGUGCCCUUCCUGAAAGGAAGCAGAAGGCUGGGGCUGAGGUGGCCGUAGGAGCACGGGAGAAAGGUGUCCCUAAGGAGAAAAAGCAGUGGGCCCUUCCUGGAAGGAUGCAGCAGGCUGUGGCUGAGGUCAUCAAGAGAGCAAUGGAAUAUGGUGUCCCUGUGGAGAAAAAGCUGCAGUCCGUUACAGUAAGGAGGCAAAAGACUGUUGCAGAGGUGGCCAUAGGAGCACGAGAAGAAGGUGUCCCUGAGGAGGAAAAUGUGUGGGCCGUUCCUGUCAGGAGACACCAAGGUGUUGCUGAGGUGGCAACGGGAGCAACGGAAUAUGGUGUCCCUGAGGAGGAAAAGAUGUGGGCCGUUCCUGUCAGGAGGCAGCAGGAUGUUGCUGAGGUGGCCACGGGAGCAACGAAAUAUGGUGUCCCUGUGGAGGAAAAGAUGUGGGCUUUUACUGUAAGGACGCGCCAGGCUGUUGCUGAGUUUCCUGUGGUCUCUGGAACCAUGGAGAAUGAUUGGGUGUUGGAGAGCCUGUCUGACUCUGGAACCGAUGAUGAAUAGUCGUCAGAUAGGGAACUGCACUCAGCAGGAUUGGUUGCUGAUCGCUUAGAUUCCACCCACAUCUGCCUAACUUACCCCAAUAACCACCAGAAGCCUAGCAGAAUGGACUCUCCGGAGCCAAGCAUAGACGAGAGGCCCAUGGAAGAGGGUCUGCCUCCCUCCCGUUGCCACUAGGCCCCUCCAAAGCGGACCACCGAAGGCAAAGCGAGCUGAGCCUGCCACUCCCGCCCCUGUGCACCUUGCAGACCCACCCCAGCUAAUACGCCAGAUCCCAUCAAAGCAGCACCACAAGCCUGG